ACUGCAAGUCGACUGAACCCUUGUGGUGCAGACCCUCACUUCCUUCCCAUCUUGGUCUUCUUACUAGAAGCAUAAUUACGACCAGCCAGGAUGCCUGCUAUCGCCACCGCAAACGCCGCCGUGGCCGCGGACGCGCCUCAGUUUGAGAGGGUAGAAUGGCGCAAGCUACCUAACAUGCGCAAGCUGUACUGGCACGCCUGUGUUCUCUGUAUUGCCUCAGCUACCACGGGUUAUGAUGGUAUGAUGAUGAACUCAUCUCAGCAGAUGUCCCGCUGGGCUGUGUACUUCGACCAUCCCAACGACAACCGCCUCGGUCUCAUGAACAAUGCCUACAACAUCGGCAGUAUUAUCAGCUUCUUCUCUGUUCCCUUCUUCACCCAGGCUGUUGGCCGUAAGAUUCCCAUCGCUACCGGUUGCGCUAUCAUGAUUGCUGGCGCUUUCAUCUCCUGCUUCGCGACCAACUGGCAGAUCUACUUCGCGGGCCGUUUCGUCCUUGGUUUCGGCAACUCAUUUUCUCAGAUGUGCUCGCCCAUUCUUCUUACCGAGAUUUGCCAUCCCCAGCAUCGUGGUACCUUCACCGCCGUCUACAACUGUCUCUGGAACUUGGGCGCCCUCAUCGUCGCUUUCCUCGGUUGGGGUACGUCCAACGUCGACAACGAGUGGUCGUGGAGGUCUAUCACACUUCUUCAGGGCAUGCCAUCCGCUCUCCAGCUCUGCUUCAUCUGGUGGGUGCCAGAAUCUCCCCGUUGGCUGAUCAGCAAAGAGCGCUACGAGGAGGCGGAGUCUAUGCUUGCCUACUACCACGCUGAGGGAGACCGCAACAACCCCACUGUCCAAUUCUCGUACCAAGAGAUGAAGGAGACUAUUCGCAUGGAGGCGGACGCAAACACAAACUCUAGCUACAUCGACUUUCUCAAGACCAAGGGUAACCGAUGGAGGCUUGCCAUUCUCAUCUCCUUGGGUAUCAUCUCUCAGUACUCUGGAAACGCGCUGUUCUCCAACUACAUCAACUUGGUCUACACCGGUGCUGGUAUCGUCGACCAGAACCAGAAGAUGGGCCUGUCUGCCGGUGAGCGUGUUCUGGCACUCCUUGUUUCCGUCUACGCUGCUACGUUCAUCGACAAGGUCGGUCGUCGCCCACUCUUCUUGACUGCUACUGCCGGCAUGAUGGUCUCUUUCGUCUGUUGGACGAUCACCUGCGCCAUCUACGAGAACUCUGGCGAGACGAACAAGGCUGCCGGAUACGCACAGAUUCCAUUCGUGUGGAUCUUCGGUGUCUUCUAUGCAUUCGCUUGGUCCGGUCUCCUCGUCGCUUACGCUCUCGAGAUUCUCCCAUAUGCGCUCCGUGCCAAGGGUCUCAUGAUUAUGAACAUCACCGUCCAGGCUAUUCUCGCCGUCGGUGGUCAAACCAACCCUGUCGCCUGGGAGCGUCUCCCCAAGCAUUGGUACCUGGCUCUCUUCUACACUUGCUGGAUCACCGUUGAACUUGUCUGGGUUUACUUCGUCUACCCUGAGACUAAGGGACCCACCCUUGAGGAGAUCUCCCGUAUCUUCGAUGGCGACACGGCCGUCGCGCACAUUGACAUGCAUGUCAUCGAGAAGGAGGCCCACGAGGAGCGCCUGGACAACUAUGACGAGAAGCACACCGCUCGCGUUGAGCAGACGCGUGUUUAAGAGUUGCUUGUUCUCGCUCUUCCAAUUUCUGUAGAGGUACAGGUAAAUGGUAGACGUAGUACCUCAAUUCCAGUUUAAUGUUGAGUGGAAGACCGUGAUGGAGUCGGCUACACUAUAGCAUUACGAACAAUCACUUCACUCGCUCUCAGAAAUAAUCUUCCUAA